GAGCCGCUCCGUUCGAAUCCUCCGCUUCGCAUCCCGGCAUCCAACGAAACGAAAAAUCUAAACAUCGACGAGGACAGUUUUCAAAAUCAACAAAUUUGAAAUAAUUUCGAAAUUGUGGUUUUCGUUUGGCUUCCCAACAGUAAAGCUUGACUGCCAAGUUCCCUAUUCUCCAAAUUUCUUGGGAUUUGUUGCUCAUUGAUCAAGUUUGUUCGUUGACGUCGUUGUUUUGUAAUUAUAUUUAUUUCAAGAUGAAGUUAGUAAGGUUUUUAAUGAAGCUUAGCCAUGAAACGGUAACAAUCGAGUUAAAGAAUGGAACUCAAGUUCAUGGAACAAUUACAGGUGUGGACGUGGCGAUGAAUACUCACCUAAAGGCUGUAAAGAUGACGGUGAAGAAUCGUGACCCUGUACAGUUGGACACAUUGAGCAUUCGAGGAAACAAUAUUAGAUACUAUAUUUUACCUGAUCAUCUUCCACUGGAAACGUUACUUAUUGAUGAUGCACCAAAAUCUAAGAAAAAGAAGCAGGAAGCCAAAGCUGCUGCUCGAGGCCGGGGUAGAGGACGGGGACGAGGUCGCGGUGUGCGAGGAGGACGUGGAGGUGGUGGUGGUGGGGGCGAAAGGCGAGGAGGAGGGGGAGGAGAUCGUGGUGGUGGUCGUCGCUAGUUUACAUCCCAUCGUCUCACCAUCAUCAUCAUCACCUACUAAUUAUGUAGCUAGUUGUAUUGGACUCGUGUUUUUCAUACAGAAACCUUCUCCACUCUCUUGCAUUCUAUUUUUAUUCAGCUUAUUUCUCGUAGAUUAUGAUUUUUCUACACUUUGUUCUCGUAUUCACUGGGUUAUAAAAGUAUAUCUUUUACAAGUAUACUUUUAUAAUUUGUCUGAAAAUCAGACCAUGUAUUUACUUGCGUAAUUGAUUUAUAAUUACCGUUAUAUUGUCUAACAAAAGUACGAAUGAAUGGAAGUAAGUGUGUACAACUAACUAUAUGUAAGUACUUGCAUAUUAAUUUAGUCAAUAAAAUUUUCUCAUUGAGUUUUGAAA